UUCGAGAAUCCACUCGUACUCCAGUCACUGUGCGCGGCAGCUGAACGUUCGAGAGACAAACGUACGAGUUCACACGAAAAUACCCGAAAGACUCCGGUUAUUUAUGUUACACGAUUCUCGCUAACAUACUUUUCCAGGUGUAUUUUGCUUUGUACUAACCUCACUGAAGCCGGCCUUCACAACAUUUUAUCAACAAAAUGACAGCUUUUGAAGAAAUGGGCGUACUGCCUGAAAUCGCCAAAGCCACUGAGGAUAUGGAAUGGACGCUACCAACUGAUGUCCAAGCUGAAGCAGUUCCAUUAAUUCUUGGUGGUGGUGAUGUUUUAAUGGCAGCAGAAACAGGAAGUGGAAAAACUGGUGCUUUCUGUUUGCCAAUUCUACAAAUUGUUUGGGAAACAUUAAAAAAUAUAGAGUCUGGAAAAGGAUCUAAAAAGUCUGGUGGUCAACGAAUAUCUUCCCAAUGGGCUCUCAGUCUUUUCGAUCGAGGUCGAGCUAUGGCUGUAACUCCUGAUGGUUUACGAUGUCAAAGUCGGGAACAAAGAGAGUGGCAUGGAUGCAGAGCAAACAAAGGAGUGCAAGGGAAUGGAAAAUAUUAUUUUGAAGCGACAGUAACUGAUGAAGGAUUAUGCAGAGUAGGAUGGUCUACUUCACAAGCAAGCUUAGAUUUAGGAACAGAUAAAUUUGGAUUUGGAUUUGGUGGAACAGGGAAAAAAUCAAAUUGCAAACAGUUUGAUAAUUAUGGUGAAUCAUUUGGAAUGCACGACGUGAUUGGUUGUUUAUUGGAUUUAGACAAAGGAGAAAUAAGAUUUACAAAAAAUGGAGUAGACUUGGGCAAAGCAUUUGAUUUAAAUGCCCAACAAAAGUCACAAACAUUCUAUCCAGCAGUAGUGUUGAAAAAUGCUGAAAUGUCAUUUAAUUUUGGAGCACAAACUUUCAAACAUCCACCACCUAGUGGAUUUAUUGCCAUUUCAGCUGCUCCAAAGGAACGUGUUAAAGAGAAUCCUGUAAGUGACAGUGGCCAAACUCAAAGCGGUGAUUUGACACCUCCAACAAAUGCACCUCAAGCUAUUAUUAUUGAACCAUCUCGAGAACUUGCAGAACAAACUUAUAACCAAAUAGAGAAAUUUGGUAAAUAUCUAAAAGAUCCUGUAGUCAAACAAUUACUAGUAAUUGGAGGUGUUGGAGUGAAAGAACAAAUAUCAGCGUUAAAUUCUGGAGUAGAUAUUGUAGUUGGAACACCUGGGCGUCUAGAAGAUCUUAUUCAAGGUGGAUACUUAGCAUUAACCCACUGUAGAUUUUUUGUCCUCGAUGAAGCUGAUGGGCUUUUAAAACAAGGAUAUACUGAUUUAAUUGAUCGAGUACAUAAACAAAUUCCAAAAAUGACCUCAACUGGAGAACGAUUACAAAUGAUUGUCUGCUCUGCAACAUUACAUGCUUUCGAAGUCAAGAAAUUAGCGGAUCGUUUAAUGCAUUUUCCAACAUGGGUUGAUCUAAAAGGCGAAGAUGCUGUACCUGAAACUGUUCAUCAUGUCGUGGUAAUGGUUGAUCCUCAGAAAGAUAAAUCUUGGUAUAAUCUAAAACGUCAUAUUCAAACUGAUGGUGUGCAUUACCGAGAUAAUGUUCAACCUGGAAGUAAUACACCAGAAACUCUCUCGGAGGCAAUAAAAAUAUUAAAAGGCGAAUAUUGUAUCCGAGCAAUCAGAGAGCAUAAAAUGGAUCGAGCUAUAAUAUUUUGUCGUACUAAACUUGACUGUGAUAAUCUUGAGAGAUAUCUAAAACAAAUGGGAUCUAGUGAAUUUUCUUGUGUAUGCCUUCAUGGUGAUAGAAAACCCCAAGAACGGAAAUCUAAUCUAGAGAAAUUUAAAAGAAACGAAGUCAAGUUUCUUAUCUGUACGGAUGUUGCUGCAAGAGGAUUAGAUAUCACGGGUUUACCUUUUAUGAUCAAUAUCACUCUACCUGAUGAAAAAUCUAAUUACGUUCAUCGUAUUGGUCGAGUUGGUCGUGCUGAACGAAUGGGUUUAGCAAUUUCUCUAGUCAGCAGUGUGCCUGAAAAAGUUUGGUAUCAUGGUGAAUGGUGCUCAAGUCGUGGAAGAAAUUGUAAUAAUUCCAAUUUAACUAAUCAAGGAGGAUGUUGUAUUUGGUAUAACGAACCACAGUAUCUUGCUGAUAUUGAGGAUCAUUUAAACGUGACAAUACAACAAGUCGGUCCAGAUAUCAAAGUUCCAGCUGAUGAAUUUGAUGGCAAAGUUAUUUAUGGUCAAAAAAGAAUGGAAACUGGCACGAAUUAUCAAAAUCAUGUCCAACAAAUGGCUCCAAUUGUUGCAGAUUUGGCAAAACUUGAAUCUCAAGCACAAUUGUGUUAUUUAAAAAGGCAUUUAAUAGCUCAUUAAUACGCUUAUUGAAAUAAUAUUCCAUUUACCUAUGAUAAUAAUUAAAAAUACUGAAAUUAAUUUAAUAAUUAGUAUCUACCAGCUUUUAUAAUUUAAAUAUGAAUAAAAAAUAUUUAGAACCGAAGGAGAAGUGUGUUAUAACGAUAAAAGCAUUUAUCAUUUAUAUAAGACAUACGAUAAGUAUUUAUUGUAUUUUCAUAGCUUUAUAAUCAUUAAUAGACUUUAGUUACACAAACGUAUGAUACAGUGGCUCCACAGCGUUUCAUCUUUUAAUUUUUAUUACUCAUUUUGUUAUUUUUAUUAAUUCAUUUCUUUAUGGUAUUCUAGAUGCAUCUGUGACCGUGCGAAUUAGACAUAUAUCCGUAUAUAUGUCAUUGAAAUUUAUCAGACAAGUUCUUAGUACACCUAAUACACAUUUUAUGGCAUGUAAAUACGUAUUUCGAAAGCCAUUCUAAACGACUAUCUCGCACAAUGUACAAAUUACACGAUCAUAGUUUUUUAUUUUAUUUAUUUUAAUUAUUAAUAAGAAUUUUCACUUGUCAUAUAUUUUUUUUGUUUCAUAAAAUGCUGGACUUGUA